GAGGAGAUACGUGUAGUCCUGGCUUUAGCUGGCUUAGCACUAGCAGCAUAUAGCUAGGCGGAGGCGCAACAAGCUCCUUGAACGCCCAAAUAAGUACUCCUGUCUCGGUUUCCCCCUUCUCUUUUUGGAAUUAGCUACGUUUGUUUAUUGGUUUGACCUCCACUUGGAGUGACACGAGUACCUAAAGUAUCCCUCUCAAAAAUUCUGGUGAUGGCAUGGUCAUGUGUUCAGCCGGCACUGUGGGUGUGGAAAUGGUUUUAACAGACGCUGUGUUGGAGGACUCGGGAACACUGCACUGGCCUGGAGGAGCCUCAUAAACAACCGCGUACAUCCGCAAACCACUUUGUUACACGAAAACAUUAACAAAACACCGCCGUGACAAAGGACACAGAAACGCGGGCAAACAACACAAGCUUCACCUGAAGGGCACGUUUGUAACUUCUGGGUGUGUGUAACCCAAAUAUUGUUGGUGUUCCAGCUGCUCUCCUUGUGUGAGAGUGUACGUUUGAUUUCUUCUUGUCUGUCCCAUCUUAACCGCCACCAUGCCAAGCACCAUCCGCCGGCAGAUGAAGAACAUGGUCAACAACUACUCCGAAGCGGAGAAGAAAGUCAGAGAGGCCACGUCCAACGACCCCUGGGGGCCGUCGUCUUCACUCAUGUCGGACAUCGCCGACCUCACUUACAACGUGGUGGCCUUCAGCGAGAUCAUGAACAUGAUCUGGAAACGACUCAACGACCACGGCAAGAACUGGCGCCACGUCUACAAGGCGCUCACCUUGCUCGACUACCUGAUCAAGACGGGCUCAGAGAGAGUAGCGCUGCAGUGCAAAGAAAACAUCUUCGCCAUCCAGACUCUGAAGGACUUCCAGUACAUUGACAGAGAUGGCAAGGACCAGGGCAUCAACGUCAGGGAGAAGAGCAAGCAGCUAGUGGUCCUACUCAAAGACGAAGACCGCCUCAAAGGAGAGAGGUCUCAGGCUUUGAAGACCAAAGAGCGUAUGGCCCAGGUGUCCACAGGGAGCAGUCAUAUGGGAUUUGGCCGAGGCUCAUCUCAACCCAACCUCUCCACUUCCUACAGUGAAGAGUAUGGCAGGUCAGAGGGAUCACCUGCUUCCUACCACGGCUCUACGUCUCCUAACGCCGGUUCAGAACUGGAACAGGCCAGACCUCAGACCAGCGGAGAGGAAGAGCUGCAGCUGCAACUUGCCUUGGCCAUGAGCAGAGAGGCUGCAGAGCAGGAGGAGCGCAUACGCCGAGGAGAUGACCUAAGACUACAAAUGGCCUUAGAGGAGAGUAAGAAAGAAGGCCCAGGCUCUGCAAAAGUUGCCAAGAAGAAAAAAGAGCCACAAUCCACUUUGAUGGAUCUAAUGGAUGUCCCCGAGCCUGGUGCCAGUGCUGACCCCUGGGGCGCAGGAGCUGGGGCCGGAGCUGCCGCUGCAUCAGCUGACCCAUGGCAGCCUUAUGGAUCUGCCCCUAAGCCAGCAACCUCAGUGGACCCAUGGGGCACUUCUACUGUCCCACCCAUCAAGAGCAGCGAUCCCUGGGCGCCCAACUCCAUUCCUGCUUCUGACCCAUGGGGUUCUGCAGCAGCCCGCCCCAAACCCUCCAACACAGGUAGCUUUGACCUGUUGAGCGCAUCCAAUGGUACAUCCAAAGAAGACUUCUCAGAGUUUGAUAGCCUGCGCUCUUCCUCCUCUGUCCCCACUGGUGAUAUGGGCAUUGCAUCUUCUGUCCCCUCCCAACUCAGCCUGGCCAGCAGUAGCAGCCUGGACAUAUUUGAUCCCCUUCCCACCUCAGCAUCUACUUCCAUCAUCACAAACCCAACUAGAAAGACUCCUGAGUCCUUCCUGGGUCCCAAUGCUGCCCUGGUCAAUUUAGACUCUCUGGUGACCAAACCGGCUCAGCCUGCACCAGUUGUCAACCCAUUCUUGGCUUCAACAGGUGGCUCUGCUCCAACCCCGGCCAACCCCUUCCAAGUGAGCCAGCCAGCUCCCCCCACCCUCAACCAGAUGCGCGUCAGCCCGAUGCCCUCUGGCUUUGGCAGCAUGGCAGAGCCCAUAGGCCUUUCCUCCAUGCCUCCUCAGCCCGUCCCCAUGGUCCCUCUGGCAGGUAUGGCCCCCAUGGGCCACUCGAUGCCUGGAGUGGGUGCUGUGGGAGGCAUGGGGAUGAACGCAGGGAUUCCAUCCUCCAUGUCCAUGCCCCAGCCCCUGAUGAGCAUGCCCCCCCAGGCUGGGACUCAAAACACCGGUACCACCAACCCGUUCCUUUUGUGAGAGGAUGACAGGGAGAGGGACAUCAUGGAGUAACCCUUCCUUUUACUCUUCAACUUUAGCCCCUCAAGAAGCUUCAAAACGAACAAGGAGAUGUCUUAUCUCAAUUAUCCAUUUAUAACCAACUCCAAGACAGAGUCCCAGCAGGGCCCUCUCCUACCUUACCACACUCCCUAACUCCUUUCUUCUCUUUUUUUUUCUCUCCUUCAAGCUGCCUAGUCCUGUGUUCCAUGCUGAUCUAAUGAUAAUGUUGAUGACCACAAAGAGUUUGCAUCAGUCCACAGACUUUUAAGAGUAGCGUCAGUGUUUACAGUUUUUCCACUGAGGCAGGACUUGGCCACAGUCUCUCCUCCCUGUCCUUUUCUCAAUCAUUUCUCCCUUACUUCUUCCCUUUAGGACCGCUCCUCUCCUCUUCUGUGGUGGAGUGACAGGAGAGUCUGACUGUUCUAAUGCCAGGAUCUUAUCUCUUCACUAGAGCUAAUCUUUUAUAAGCCCUGUCAGCUGGUGUGUGUGUGAGAGAGUGCACAUCUCAGUACUUUUACACUGUGUAUUUUCCAGCGAGUCAACUUCCACUCACUGGAGUAAAGAUGAGAAAUGGUUAGAUGUGUUUAUACUCUGUGUGUGUGAGUGUGUGUGUGUGUGUGUGUGUUACAAAGCAGGAAUUUUGCACAAUUGUUUGCUUUUUUUCUUCUUCUUUGUUUCUUUUUUUUUCUGCGACUGUUGGGCUCACCGUUACACCUUAGCUUAGGGAGGACGUCCAGCCGCUUAAAACAGCCGAGUCGACACACACACACACACACACACACACACACACACACACACACACACACACAAACACAAAAACACAGUGCCUCGGCUCAUGGUCACAACUCUCAUCUGGUCACUUCCCCUAACCUCUGAACUUUUUUCAGACCUUCCAGAUGACCUUUGACCUCAGUGGUUCACAGGAAUAACAAUGAAAGCUUCUCAGAGGAGAUGUUUUGUUUGUUUGUUUGUUUUUUAAAUAUCUGUGUUUUUGCUCACAUGCAAGUGUACUGAUACUAACCACUACAUGUUGAGCCCCCCCAAAAAGUUUGUAGUGAAAAAGACAUGAACUGUGGCGGCAUCAGUAUUUUUUUUUUUUUUUUUGCUAUAUAAAUAGGAUGCAGUGAGGCAUCAUGGGACAGUUUUUUUGUUUUUUUUUUAAGUUUGUUUCAAGGCUCAAAGGGAUAGGUGUGGAAGGAGGGUUGUGUGUGUGUGUGUGUGUGUCUGUGUAUAUGUGCACGUUUGCAGGAGAAAUGCAUUUAGUUUCCAAGUGUACUUUCAUGAACAAGUUUUCCCAUUUCUCAGUCUGAUAAGUGGAAACUGAUUUGGAAUUAGUUUCUGAAGUGGAACUCAAACAAGGGGCAACUUAGGCAUCAACAACCUUAAGUGUGUGUGUGUGUGUGCGCGCGUGUGCGUGCCCGCAUGUUUGCAGCAGACAUCAGUGAUUGUUGCUUUAACAAAAAAAUAUAUAUUUUAAAGCAUAUGACAUACACUUGGCAUUGUGGGAAGAGUUUACCUCUGACUGGAUUUGCUGGCGUUAAUCUAUCUACAGGAUUACAUUACCUAGUGGGAACACACGCACUCACUCACACACACAUUUUCAAAGGGGGUUGUUCCAAGAUCGGUCUAUUGAUAGCACAGGGAAUCCCACAGCAAACAACAGCGAGUCAUGUUACGUAAACGUGCGGUUGUUUUCUUGUGUUGGUUACUUUAUUUUGUUUUGUUUUUUGUUUGUGUUAGGUGUAAAUCCAUAGCCAAGCUUAUCAGAGUUUUGGAGCUGUGUACCUAGCUAAGCCAUGUGUCAUCUUUAUUUUUUUUCCUGUUACUCUAGUUUGUGUCACCCUAUGGGUAGGCUAUGUAAUUCUCUUCUCUUAGAAGCACAACUGUUACCAAAGUCAUAGCGACUGUGAUUUCGGAGGAUGCCAUACUCUGAUUACUUUGAACAGUAGAGUCACCGCUUACUGACAUUUUUUUUCCCCUUCUCUUUCUGUUUAUUGAUGCUCUUGAGAUCAGAGACUCCAUUGUUAAAAUGUUUUAUAUUUCAGAGCUGUUUUACAUUUUGUUCAGAGUUUUGUGUAAGAAAGUGUUACUGUUGGCUGAACAUCAGCACAUUUACUGACAGCGAGCUGAGUGUCUUGUCUUUCGUCAUUUUGGUUGUGAAAGGUGGGUUGAUGACAUUCAGCUAUGGAUGAAUUGCACCUGGUGUACAGACCCUUUUUUGUGUAAGUCAGAAUAGUUUCUUCAGUUCUUUCUCAAUAACUGCCAAUGUGACUGUGGAAAGCUUGUUUUUCCUUCCUUGUUAAUUUUUCUUUUGAUAUGGAUUGGCGCCCCCUCGUGGUCUGCUCUGGUAUGAUAGCUACUCUGCAGGACCGUGGAGACAUCCACUUAAAGCAGACCUUCAUUUCUCUCAGGCAAAAACAAAAGGAGGGGCAGCUCCAACCGUACGUGUGCGUAUGCUUUUCACGAGGGUGGCGGUGGUGAUUGCUUUUUACGUUUGGGGAUCCUGAAUGAAUGAAUGGAUGCAACCCCUGCAGACCAGCAAGCAUUUUUACAUUUUUUUAAUCUCAACUAAAUAUAUGCAAAAAUAAAAGAAGGAAAAAGUGAACGAGAUAAAAACAGACUUAACGCUUGAUGUGUUUUGCAGGAUAAAAUUUGCUAACUAAGUCUUGUUCAUGGAAACACUACUAUGAUAUUCUAGCUCAAGAUGUGUCACCUUCUCACCGGCCUUGUCUUUCACUGCGGGCCUGACCUUAAACUUCACUCUCAGCAAUUGCAGGAAAGUUUAUAGAGGCGUCGAAAAGAGAACAAAGGCUUCGAGCCGUCGCGCUCAAACAGUCUGAGAACGCUGCAGCCGGAAAACGUUUUUUUCUUGAAUCCCUGGCAGCGUUGUUCACAGUCGUGACUAUGGUGCAGUGAAAAUGUGGCCUGUGUGUAGCGAGCUCCUCUGUGUUACAUUAUGUAUUCACUAUGCUUUUAUCAAGAGGACUAACUGACCUUACAGGCUGUCUGUCUUUGUAUGCAUAAACAGCCUCCUUUAUUCUUUUCUUUUUGUGUCUAUUUACCUUUCUCAUAGUACUGGGAGCAGGCUGCUUUUUCUUUCUUUCUUUUUUUUUUUUUUUAUUGGAUACGUGCUCAACCCGUUGGCAUUAUAACUGUAUAAUAUAAUUUAUCAUUUGUACUAUUGUAACAUACUGUUCUUCUGUAUACCUUAUUAUUCUGUGUAAUGGGUUUUUGUAGGAAAAGUCAUUGUGGUAUUUUAACGGCAUCUAAACAAAUGAACGCAGCAGGCUUCGCACCCCUGUCGGAUGAGGACAACUGUAGCUGCAACUGGUUCAAAAUAAACUGUGUAUCACUUCA